CCUUUUGUAUAUAAAUAUCAAAACUUUAUUAAUCUCCCGUCUACCGUCUAAUUCCGACGCGCUGUUGUCGUGAAUGUGCUCAAAAUUACAAUUAUCACAACCGGGAUGUUGGCAUCGUUCGUAACAGAUGAUGAUGAUGAUGAUGAUGAUGAUGAUGAUGAUGAUUUAUACGAGUAUGAUGAUGGUGAUGGUGAUAGUGAUGGUUUGUUGAGCUAUUGUACAUACGUUCCUUCACUCAUCACCACUACUACACCAAGGUACAGUUUUAAACUUGCGGAUUGGUACCACAUAUGGCUACUUCAGUUAUUCCCAACACUUGCUACUUUGUUUGAAUACAAACAACUAUGGUUCAAAUGACAAGACCGAUGUCUGACUAAACGUUUAUCUAAAUUAAUUGAUAAGUAUUGAUCAUUCUUU